UCUCCUGCAUCCUCCCACCCUGCUCUGCUGCAUCAGCAACAACCUCUCUCCAUCCUUAGAGCAUCUUUCUCCUCCCAGCUUGGCUGAGCAGGGGGAAGCUCAGUUGAUCUGUUCCUGCAAUUACCAUUACCUUCCCUCCCUCCCCCCAACCUCCUCCUCCACCCCAGAGAAGAGGGGUCCACUCCAGCCACCGUGUCUGCCUGCUGUGCUACAGGGAGGGGGGGAGAAAACCCAUUAAGGAUCCACAACUUCACGAGGAAGCGCAAUGAAGGAUCGCACCCAGGAGUUAAGAAGUGCCAAAGACAGCGACGAUGAGGAAGAGGUGGUGCAUGUGGACCGAGACCAUUUCAUGGAUGAAUUCUUUGAGCAGGUGGAGGAGAUCCGCGGCUGCAUUGAGAAGCUUUCAGAGGAUGUGGAACUGGUGAAGAAGCAGCACAGUGCCAUCUUGGCCGCCCCCAACCCAGAUGAGAAGACCAAGCAGGAGCUGGAGGACCUUACAGCCGACAUCAAGAAGACUGCCAACAAGGUGCGCUCCAAGUUGAAAGCGAUUGAGCAGAGUAUUGAGCAGGAAGAGGUGCAGAACCGGUCUUCAGCUGACUUGCGGAUCCGGAAAACGCAGCACUCAACCCUCUCCCGCAAGUUUGUGGAGGUGAUGACGGAAUAUAACACAACCCAGUCCAAAUACCGAGAUCGAUGCAAGGACCGCAUUCAGAGACAGCUGGAGAUAACUGGCAGGACAACAACCAAUGAAGAGUUAGAAGACAUGCUGGAGAGUGGCAAGUUGGCGAUCUUCACGGAUGACAUCAAAAUGGACUCACAGAUGACAAAGCAAGCCCUGAACGAAAUCGAAACUCGGCACAAUGAGAUUAUCAAACUGGAAACCAGCAUCCGGGAGCUGCAUGACAUGUUUGUGGACAUGGCUAUGUUGGUGGAGAGCCAGGGCGAGAUGAUUGACCGCAUUGAAUACAAUGUCGAGCACUCCGUUGAUUACGUGGAAAGAGCCGUCUCUGACACCAAGAAAGCUGUAAAAUACCAGAGCAAGGCUCGGAGGAAGAAAAUUAUGAUUAUAAUUUGUUGUGUGGUUCUCGGUAUAGUACUGGCCUCCUCCAUCGGAGGCACGCUUGGGUUGUAAAUUAAAGCAAAAAUAAUAAUAAUAAUAUUAUAAUAAUUUAAAAAUUGUACAUGCAGUGGAUAUAACAGCACAUGUUCCAGCUACCUAGAGAUAAAACAACUUUAUUGGGUCAGCAAAUCUAAGUUUGUUGUUCAGCAUCAUCUCUUCAUCCAUUUUCCUCAUUUGCUGGACGCCAGGGUGCCCCCCAGAAUGUUAAGAGAUUCUGGGCCUCAGCCAGGUGUCACGUAACUGCACCUCCCCUUCCCACUGCACCAUGGUUUGAAAUGUGUGAUUCCUGCCCACCCCAGCUACAGAUUUUCCCCUUCAUAUCAUCAGUUAACCCUGAGGGAAGAAUGGUUCAUGGUUUUCUUUUUCUGCUUCACAUGAAUUCUGCUGUCGUCUCUGAUGGGCCAUUCUUUCAAAUGCUAGUAUCUAGUACACUAGAAAGAUGAAAAGACAUCGGCAUUAAUGCUGGCAUGUUAAAUGCUAGCAAGGGCCACAACUUAGCACCGAGUUAUUUGACCUUAUUAAUUGCACACAAUGGUAACAAUCGCACAAAGUUUCCCACAACUGCCUGCGGAAAGGGAAACAUUGAUGCCAUACUUUUGCAAGCACUGAUCUUCCCCUUUUCACAGUAACAGUGCAGUACCCAUGUGAUCACCAUCUUGGGGAUACAUGGGCUCUGUUCCCAAAGGACAGCAUUUGAGAGAGAACAAAAAUAUUAAAGUGUUCAUUCUUAAGUAUCUGGAAAAGUGGAGUAAAUACUCAGGGCAAAGGCCCUCAGUAAAGACUCUGAUCAUCUGCUGCAUCUUCCAUCCUCCCUCCACCUCCCCACACCACUUCCAUGUUCAGGAGUUCCCUGCCACUGACAGCCCACCCUUGGCAGCCCUCCCGCAGGUGGAGAGCUGCAUUUGUGGGCGGGUGGUUUGCGCCACCCAACGCAGGGGUUCUCAGACUUGGGCCCCCAGAGGUUGCUGGACUACAACUCCCAUCAUCCCCAGCCACAAUAGCCAGAGGCUGGGGAUGAUGAAAAUUGUACUCCAACAACACCUGAGGACCCAAUUUUGAGAACUUGGCCUAAUGGCAUGCAGAAGGACCGACUAGAUCAGCCUCUCAGAUAUCACAGGACACAGUGGUACUCAAGAACACUCUCGUACCAGAACCCCAGCAAAUGCGUAGAGAAGCCCUUGCUUUCCAAAACAGAAAAGCUUCCUAAAAUGCAAAAUGUGGAGUACAACCAUCCAAUGCGAAAGAUUGCCAAAUCAGCACUGAUUAUUAUUCACAGUACUUAAGAAAUGUAUGCCAACCUUCAUGUCCGUGUGGUAUUAUUAAAGCAAUGUUGCAGCUUUGGAACAUUGCUUGGUUCCUGCCAUGAUGCAGGAAUAUAGUUGUGGGGGGGUGUAGAAGAAAAAACCCCACCCCACCCCAUCAGGAAUGCAGGCGUGUUGCUGCUGCAUUAUCCCCACAUCUUGAAAUGAAAAUCCUAGCACUCGAUAACUGAGAUCAGGGCAACUGCAGCAAGCCAUGGUCUCAUUGUUCUUAUAUCUGGCAAUAACAGGAUUGAAACAGAUUGUGUUCCUGUAGCCUUACAAAUCAGAGGACCAAAGAAGUAGCUUAGGGUGCCACUAUAUGUGCAUAAAUAGCACAAAAUGUAGCCUUCCUCGAGAUAUACCACCAAAGACUACAAGUGUAGGAUGAGGGGCAUGUCAAGAUUUGAAUCCUUCUUAAUAUAAAACUCUCCUUGUCCCUGGAAAGCUAAUACGAUGGGGAGAAGGGAUCCCGUCUCACCUUCUCCUAGAUAUGCUCAUUGUAGAUUUGCAGUAGAAGGGAGGUGACAGGGUAGGAAAACAUUCAGAUAUGAAGUUCUUCCCAUGUGCAUUCUGAAGUAGUACAGCCCCAAGAAGUUCUUCAUCACAUGAUACUUCUGAAUGUGUAGCUUGGCUCUGAGUGAUCCAGAAUGAGGAAGAGAUCAUGCCUUAAAAAAAAUUUAUUUUUUUUUAAUCCUCAUUUCGGCACAGGCCCAUUUGGGUGUCCCACUGCCAGAAAUUAGCCAUAGUGAAAGGAGCCCUAACAAUGUCAGAAAACCUGUUUGAGUUUCUAAUAACAUCCCAACAUUCUAGACUUGUUGGAGAGAGUUUGUGGCAAUUUCUUGCUUGUCGUUGAUCAUGAAAAAGAAGAAAAAGUUGGUGCUCCAUCACUUGUUUGCACAGCAAAAACAAAUAACCACAAUAUAUUCCUAAGUUAUCCAUUGAUGCUACAGCAGUCUAGACUUGUAGGGAACUUCUUUCUCUUAUAGACUGCUCCUCAGUUUAUCCACUUGGUUGUGCAACCAUGGCUGUGGCAACUGGAGGGCACUGAGAACCAUUCCUGGCAGCCAUGGUUGCUACCAGGAUGACCCUACAUGCAAUAGCAUUUAUUUAUUUUUUUAAAUCCAGUGGCUCAAGGCCAAUUUACAUUCAACAGAAUGGAGUAAUAAAAUGUUUUGUUGGCUGUACCAGUUCAGAGUGUAGAAGUGGGGAGCUAUGUGUUUGAAUGCUUCUUCACAAAAACCAAACUACCUUCAGAAAGAAGAUUAGCAUGCCAGGGAGAAGGCCCCAGCCUAGCCUUCUCCCUGAUUUGUUAGUUUUCUGUGUUCUGAGAGCUUUUUAUUCAUAAGGGAGUGUUAAACUAAUACAGUCAUCCUCUACCUGCAGUCCAAAGUGGUACAGCCUAGGAGGUGCUGUACCAGAAAGUUCUUUAUCACUUGAUACAACUGGCUAUAUAAAGUAGCCCUUAUUUUCAAGGGUGUAUACUUAGGAUCACAGCCUUAGAUCCUGUUUUGGCUAGCUGAUUUUUUACACACACACCCUCCAAAUUUACCUUUAUUCUGAUGAUCCUCUUCCGUGCAUGGUAGGGCUGUUACAUCCAGAGAACAGCUAUUCCAUGUAAGCAGCCUGCUAUAGGAUCAUGCUAGCUGUGGAAAGCAAGAGCAGAUCUCCUGCUCUGCCUUCCAGUCCUGGAAACAGAUCUAGGAUCUUACAGUGGGCUUUGGAAAAAGAAUCCCAGUAGGAUAUGCAGGUCCAUUUCUGCAUGCAUGAAGUGUGUGCUUCAUGUGGAAAUGGACACAAAGCUCACCAUCCUACCCAGAUUGGCUAUCCACAUCUUAAUUCACAAGCGAAUGUGCCUCCACAUCAAAGCACCCAUGUGCAGUACUAGUCAUGUGCAGCUCAUGGAUAUUUCUUGAUUGCGUCCUGUGUGCUAAGGGCAAGUGGUGAGGUACUGAUCACCAGAAAAUAUACCACAGCCAUGCUAGAGUAUUAUUAUCCAUCCUGAACAAAAACGAUAACACAUUCUUGAUCCAUAGCAUGCUUCUUAUGUUCAGACAUUGACUCUUGAGCAACAGGGUUCUAUCACUAGAGUAACCUAGAAUAAUGAUGCUGGAUCCUUAGAAAAAAUGCGAUGUUAUCAAAAGACCCCAACCCUUGCCACAUCCACUGCAGUAUUUGAGAGAGAAGACCCUUCCCCCUUAUCAAAGUUACUGCGGUAUUCUAGAAUAAUAUAUUACCCCACUUUGUAAAGUUUACCAAAAGAGCUUACACUCUUCUGACGAAAUAAAAUGAGUGAUGCAAUUGUGCCAGUAAACUUAGCAUCCUAACUAUGCACUGUUUUCAAGAACGUUACAUUGAUGCUGGCUCUUUUUAUACGGCAUCUCUGUAAAAAGCAAACGCAUUCACCACUAGACUCUAGAGAAAUCCCGAGCAUUAGCUGCUUCUGGGUGUGCUUUUGUAUGUCCAGAAUUAUCUGGAAUCAGCAUUAGUAUUCUUAAUGCAAUAUACCCAAUUUCCCCAACUACACAGUUAUAAAAUUAUGUGGAUGUAUUGUGGAAUCAUCAUUCUGGAACCUAUAGUAUUUUUAAAAGAAUAAUGUUAAUAUCAGUAUCCUGAACACGGUGUUAUCCAGAAUACAGGCAUCCCUUGUCAUCCGCUAGGGUUCCAUUCUGGCAAAACCUCGCCAUUGGCAAAUUUAGAGUUGGUGAGACAUUAAAGUCAAUGGGAAACAGGGGGUUAGGGGAACUGCGACCACAUAAAGACCUAAAAAUAAAGGGGAAAAUACAUUAAAAAUGCUUUAAAAAAUCACACAAAAUCCUGUAAUAUCACCAAGAGCCACCAAGAAGAAUGAGCAGUCAAACCUCUGGAAAAAAUUUUAAACCCUGCCCCCCAAAUCACUCAAAGGCAUUGUAAAUUGGCAAGGGUCACCAAGAGGAAUGAGCAGAUCGGACCUCUGGAACCCCCCCCCCAAAAAAAAAUUACUAAAAACCCUCACCAACUGCAUAUACUCGGGUUAUGGCUGGCAAGUCCUGUUACAGUUUCCCAUUUGCAUAUACUCGAAACCAGAGGUGUACCUGGGUAAUUUUGGAGCCUGGACCUAAAGGCCUUUGGAGGCCCCCCCCCCCAGCUGCAAAUGAUGCAUCAUCAUGCUCGGCCAGGCGGCCACACCACCCAGGAGAGAGUAAAGAGGGUUUGGGGCCCCCCAGGGGCUGUGGAGACCCUGGACUUCUGCCUGGAAGUCCAGGGGUAGAAGCACCUCUGCUCAAAACUGCAGUUGGUAAAACUGUGGUUGGCAAAGGAUGACUGUAUUCCAUUCCUCUAGGACCAUGUAGGGGAGUAUUUCUCAAACUUCUGGAGACACAAUUCACUCUUUCACCUGAAAAGGUAUAUUUGUAGAGCAUGUAAGAGGAAAGAUUACAUGCACUCAGAGGAGCGGCCACCUCCGACCCCGCCCUGUGUUUUUAUGUGAGUCACUGUUCUAAGUGUGAGUUCGCUGAGGGCAGAUGAUUCUACUGAGUGAAUGACCCCAUCAUUUCCAGUAUAGUGAGAUUUUGUGCCCCUCCCAGAGGCUGAUUGGAAGGAGGUGAGGCCAGAGCAGCAAAUCAUGCAGAGGGGCAUUGGGCAUCCUCCUCUGUGGAUAAGUAAUUUGGGCUCCAGGAAGCCGAUAACUAUUUUGUUGAUUUCUUUUUCCAGCACACAGUUAAGGAGUUAUUGGUGUAUUGAGGAUAACCUCCCUCAGUACUACGCAAAGACAUUAACCGGCUAGCUCCAUGAGGAGCCCUUCAGUGGAAGAAUCUAUCACCUUCCCUGGCCAUGGUACAAGGUGAAGAGGACCUUACAAGUGGGGUGGCCCAUUCUUCCAAGAGUGCCCUUUGUCUUGGAGCACAGUGGUCAGAGAAGUGUAUGGUCCCCUCCAGGUCCCCUCCAACAACAUUCCAUCAACUAUUAACAAUCACCUCCCAACUUCUGUAGUCAAUGGCAAUGAUGGUGUUAGCUGUGCGCCCUUUAAAACAUCUCCUCCCAUCCAUUUCCUGCUUGGAACUCUGAUUGGAUUAAGGAUGAAUAUGUGCCAGCCCCAAUAGACCCAACCCUGGACGUUUGAAGCUUCAACAUCCUUUGGAGAAGUCAAGGAAAAGAUAGAGUGCCAUCCAUAAGAGCCAGAGGUGAUGAAGAUGUGCUGGGGAAUACUUUCAGAGAAUUGUCCCAACACUCCUGGCUGUAGAGUGCCACCCAAGGGGAAGUAUUUAGCAAAAAGUGGCUCCAGACGAGUUAGAGGGGGGAAUGUGAUGCAAGAAGGAAGAGAGCCAGUUGCUCCAUAAUGCUCAGCCUCCUGUCCUACUAGGCUCUGCUCACCCCAGCCCAACACCAUCCUUGAAGGACUGUACUUGCAAACCUGUUCCCCAGGGUUCCCAUUGUCCAGUGUCAGAAUCAAAAGGGUCCCCUGCAUCUUUUCCCCUGGACUGGGGCAUGGUGAUUCUCCCACCCCAAAACUCUCAUUUCCCUUACCCAUUUCCACAUCUGCUGUUUCUUCCAUCACUUUUUUCUUCUGAAUUUAUAAAAUAAGUGUUUGAGGUAUGUGUGUGUGUGAGCGCACAUGCGUGUGUAUAUCUACCCACAUAUCAUUAUAGAUAUGUUGUACAUAUGUUCAGUGUGCCAUUGUACCUAUACGCAAAGUGAUGGAAAUAUAGGUAUGCAUAUGUAAACACACAGGUGAUGUAUACUUCAGGCAGUAUGCGAUGUGUGUUUGCAUAUGUGUGUGUGUGUGUGUGUGUGUGUGUCUGUUUCUGGUUUUGCGUAUGUAUGUUUUCUUGCAGUCUUUUGCCUUGCUUACUCCAGAGUCAGACCAAUUAACUUCAAUGGGAACUUGAACAAGAUUGUUCCAGGGCAAAGUAUUUUGAGGGCCUAUAUGAAGCAUGCAGGUGUGUAAAUGUCACUCUUUCCAUCGCACUUUACAGGAAGAUUCUAGGGGCAACCUUAAAAAAUUUAAAAAUAUUUUUAAAUUUCUACACUGUGUUUCGGGGGGGGGGGGACGACGACUCCAGAGUAGCCUAUGAGAUCAGACAUUUAAAAAUGCCUAAGACCAACUAAAACUGAGGUUUUCACAUGAUAACUCUACCUGGAGAGGCUGACACCACAAAACAUCACACCAUCAGGGCCAUUAAAACUUGGCAUUGAAAGGGCCUUCAAAAGAGUUUUCAAGGCCUGGGGUGACAAUUCUCAUCUACCUUUGCAACCCACACUUAAAAUACACCACAAUUUCCUUUGCUUAGGUUGAAUUACAUACUCUAAUUAAAUGAACUGAAGUGUAGUCAAAAAUGAUAACGCUUAACUAAUACGUUUCAAGACAUUUGGAAAACGACAGUUCUCAAAUCUUUUAGUAACUCUGGAAAUCGAAUUUAAAGGAUGAUUGAUCAUCUGGGUUCCUCAAUCAAGAGUUCGCUUCUCACCGUACUUUUCUGAAAGGUGGCAAGUGUGUGGCAGCCCGCCACUUGAUGCUCCGUCGGCCAUUAGCAAGGGCCCUUUCAAAACGUCCAAAUGUGGAAGAAAGCCAUGGGACACUUGCUUCCACUUGAAUGAGUCCACUUAAAGAGAAGCAAUCUUGAGAAAGCCUUUUUAGAAUCCAAGAAUCUUUGAAAGCUGCAUGUGCUUAGAGGCAAACUGCCAGUCAGCAGACGUGUGCUGUAACUCUUGCUGGACUCUCCCACUUCAGAUUGCAAGCAAGAGAUCAAAGGUUUGAGUCCUUGCCUAUGGUAAAAAUAUUAACACCACACACAGAAACUAACUUGUCUUCCUCCUGAUGAGUAAGUUCUGUUUGUGCUAAGAGGUCUCCCCACCAGCCAUGCAGGAAAGCAUUCAAAUAUGCUUAGCUAUCCCCAACCGCAACUGAAAAGGUACAGCCCAGCAGCAGAUACAGCCCAUGAAUCUACAGAUGGUGUAGAUAAGAUCUUAGAAAAACUAAACUGUGACAUACCAUGCUCGCAUUCACAAUGUACUUAGAGAUGUGGAUUUUUCCAAAGUCCUUUGGACAUGAAUUGAAGUACCGAGUGUGGCAAAUGUCUGUUGCUGAAAUGAAUAAGUAUGCCUACAUGCAUACGGUUUAUUGUUGCCUGUGUCUAGCUUUUAAUGUGCCUCAAUAUUCUGCGCUAUAACUGUGUGCGUGCAUGCGUGCGUGCAUAUGUGUAUACAUCAUUGGUUCUCAAAGUGUCUUUCAAAGGAGACACAAUGGUUUCCAGGGGAGAUGGGAUCUCCUCUGUGGCUCCUCCCACCCAGUCUCUUGAUUUGGCCAGGAGACCAGAGGGCCCGCCCACAUUUCCCCCAGUCAGUACACAGCCAGAGAUCAGGUGAUUGUUAAUAUUGCCCUCUAAAUUAUCUAGGCUUUUCAUUAUCUGAGAAAAGCUGGUGUUCUUCCCCCCGCCUCUUGUUUGCCUGUGAGGGAAAUUCCAAAAUCAUUUCCUGGCGUAAUAUUGCUUGCUAUAACAGUUUGAGAACCACUCUCUGAUAUAGACAGAUAGGUGGACCUAUUCCUAUCUAUAUUAUAUAAUGGAGAGACAGAGAUAAACAUAUUGAUUUAUAUACUGGUAUAGGAAAUACAUUUGCUGUGCAAUGGGUUCCUAGCAUAUGCAUUUAUAUAUCUUUUUCACCCAUACUUUUGUGUUGGGACACAGGAGGAACAGACUGCCAUAGUAAUAAUUUCCGAGGUGGUUUGGGAAUGAAAAAUAACAUUGGGUGUGAAUCACUGUGUUAAAGAUAUCUGUAAGCCAUUGCAAAUCCAGCAGCUAAACUAUAUCAGUAUAUUAAUGUUAUGUGUAACAAGUGUACAUAUUGAACAUGUGAGUGUGAUUUACUGGCAUGGGUGUGCUGCUCAUCUUUUUGUGUGUGUGUGUGUAUUCGCACACGUAAAUGUACAUACUUGAAUACAAUUCAUCACGAACACACAUGCGCGCGUACAUACACACACAUUAAGCAUUUAAACUGAGUUGUCAUUACCCUCAACCAAGCCAAAAGUUUCCAUUGAGUAUCUAAUGUUUUGUGUUAGGAAGAUUAUGGUAGGCAAGGCAGACCCAAAUUAUGUACACAGGGCUGACCCUAAUUACGUGUGCAGUGCUUGAUGGGAAAUGCAGUCCAAACCUGGUUCACCCUUAGAGACUGCCAUGCUUGAAUGGACUAUGUUUCUUAUGUUGUCUGUCCUGAAAAGCUCAAUUAAAAAAAGAAAAGAUUACCUGCCUUAGGCUUUUUGAAGGACCACCUUUAGGUUCAAGUCAAUAUAUUCAUUCUCAACAGUUUUUGCUAAACGCCCCCCCCCCCCAUUAUUUAAAGGAGCAUUUUAAAUUUAGGUAAAUCUUGGUUUGGGGGUAAAUGCAGCAUAUAUACUCCAGAGUCUAUCCAUACAGCAUUGUGUCUUCUCUGUGUACCUAUGUGCAUACCUUUCUUAUUUUCUCUUUCUAAAGCCUUCAUCCUGUCAUCUCUACAUAAGAGAUCAAACUCCAGAAAAGAAAGAACAAAGAAAACUUAGAUUUUUUGAUCUUUUUUACAAAACAAACAAAAAAUUGAUUACAACACACAAACCAACAAAACCAACUGUUUUAAAAAAAAAGGAAACGACGACGCAAAGAUAAAAGACAAAACCUAUGAACGUGUCAAAAUCCCCUUGACUUUCCAUUUUGGGUAUUGAUCUGUGUAUUGUUUCAAUGUAGGCGGUUUAUUGUAGUCUGUGGCGUAUUUGCUAAGAAACAACAACUUUAAAAAACGUCCUUUUAAAAAACAUCAUUCUUAACCCCCGCCCCCCAUCAACAUAUCCUUUUCCUUUCUCUCCCCUUCAGUCUCUUGCUGAUAUGUAUGGAUUUCUUUUAAAGAGGGGGGACCAGUCUCACAUAUCUCUUCCCACUUCACCAGUCAAUCCAUUUUUCAAACAGCAAAAAAUAAUAAUAAUACUUUUACCAAAAGAGCUCUCGUUCGCCUUCCCUCUCCCCCUCCAUCCCAUAAUUACCACACCACCAUUUAAUAUCCUUUAAAGGAGAAGCAUUUUGCCCUCCCUUUCUUGUGCCUCACUUCUUCAUUGCUUUUGGUUUUGGAUCGAGGGAGUUUAUCUGACCACUGUGUGUCGGUCACCAGCCCAGAGAUCCAUGUGCAUUCUGAUGCUUGCAUGGCUCUCUCUAGCAUGCUUGGGUUCCCUGUUCAUUGUCAAGGAGCCCAAUUCCAUGCACUCAAAGGGCUUUGUGUUCAGGUUGCACAUACUGAAAUGAAUGGGGAAUUUAAUAUAAAAGAAGAAGAAGCUCUGUUUGUGAGCGGUAGCUCCCCCAAAUGGAAGCAAUUGGCAAAAUAUAGAUAUAUAGAUAAUUAGCUCGGUGGGAUCUAUUAACUGAAUCACAACCUCAACCUGUGUCGAACCAUUCAGAAGAAGGGUGCAAUUGUUGACUCUGACACAAUGCAAAAUGGCCGUGAGAAUCCACCCACAGGGCUGAAGACUGCAGAUGCAUCAGCACCUCCAUAGCUUGUUGAUUUCAGUGGAAGAUGACUAAGCAUGUGUUUAACUCUCCCACCGACAUCAAGAGGGACUUAGCUGUGCUUUAUUGUGGCUGGAUUGCACCCCUGAAGAUAUUCUUUUGCAUGCAUUCAUUUACUCUCUCUCCAGGGGCGUAACAAGGCUGGAGUGGGUCCAGAGACAAAAUUUUAAAAUGGGACCCUCGCUGAUACACACACACUUCACAUGUGACUUGCCUCUGGGGGGCCCCUCGAGGUGUGGGGGCCCCCAGGCAGCUGCCUCCCCUUGCCUAAUAGUAGUUACGCCCCCCCACACACACACACUCUCACACACACACACUCAUUCAACACUGCCCCCUGCUGGAUUAGUGGAGCUCUCAACGCCAAGUCCCACCAUCCCCGGUAUUUCUCUCUCUCUCCUUUCUUUGGGGUUAUCCUUACAAACCUUGGAGGCAAGGAGAAAGUUCGAAAAGCGCUGCAGUUCUCUGGCCAUAAGUGCACCAUCCCAACCUUUAACACUUUGAUAAUGACGCCAUGGGUGCUGAGCAUGCUGAUACCAGUCUCAUAGCUCUACGGUUAAGGCACUUCUCACAAGCAGGUGCAAAAAUUACCAUCAGUCAAAUGUGUGUAUGUGUUAGGGGGUGUUUCUCUCGCUGCUUGAACUUUUUAAAAAAGAUGGGUUCCCAUUUUCUCAGUUCACAAACUAAUUGGUGUAUAUCUCAUGACCUCUCGAACCUCAUAUCCCACAUCCUCAUCACCCCUAUCAGGCCUAUCAGUAGAUGAGUUUCAGGACACCAAAUGGGGAAGGAGGACCAGAAGCUAGUAUGCCUUCAGCAGCAAGCAAGGUUUGAGUUCCAGAGCAGCCAUUGAGGAUAGGGAGCAGGGGCGUGGGCAGGGAGUGCCCUCACACACUAGACGGGUUGCUCAGGUGGAGGGCCAAGCUUUGGGGCCAGAGGUUUCUAGGCAUCUGAUGGACAGGGUUGACCCUUGAGGGCCAGCUGAUGGAAUCCUCAACUAGGCAGGGAGUGCAGCCUUGAUGGUGCCCUCAAAGCACAGAGCUCGGUUUGUCAGGCUCGCCAUGGAACCAGAGCUCUGGUGACAGAGGAGGUCUGGUGUGAGAGCCUGUAUGCUAGGAAGAUAUGCACACACCUUAAAAUACGAACAACUGAGCAACCACCAUGUGAGGCACCCCUUUUGUCAAGUGGUUCAUUAAACCCAAUGCUGGCUCCAGGACUUUAGGACCCUUCUGACCAUGUUGGGUGCUCCAAGCAUGGUGGGAAUGGUGGCAUUGUUGGGUCAAUGGGUCCUUGGCCAAUGUCCCACCCUGAAGCUAGUCUUGAUUAGAUCUUACUCCAGCCAUCCUUUACCCUUCUUCCCAUCAGCCACACUAUUCUUCCAGCCAGCUACACAAGCCAAGAUGGAGAACAUCAUGCAUAAGAUAUUUGUUCAGGAUGGAGGAGUGGUACAGAAAAACAAGAUCUAGGCAUAGGGGAGAGAGAAGGCAUGCCAAUUAUGUCUGCAAUGUUUAGUCAGUUAACCCAUUAGAUUAAUCUGUUUAAAGCUUCUAAAUAGAUUUAAAAGGUGCCCUCAGUCAAGGAGCAGAUUUUUAUUUUCUUAAAUUAUUUUUAAAUGCAUAUACUUAUAAACACUGCAGGUGGCAAAUCCUGUCUUAGAAGAGGUAUCCUCUCCUGUUUGAGGUAUCCCUCUUCAAAGAUGUGCUGUAAAGUUGUGCCGACGAGUUCAUGUCAACUCCUGGCGACCACAGAGCCCUGUGGUUGUCUUUGGUAGAAUACAGGAGGGGUUUAUCAUUGCCAUCUCCUGCUCAGUAUGAGAUGAUGUCUUUCAGCAUCUUCCUAUAUCGCCGCUGCCCAAUGUAGGUGUUUCCAUACACCAUCUCAAUAUAAAGCUUUUUUCUUUAGAGUUAUUUUUUCCUUAUAUGUAAAUAUAUGUAGAUUUAAUCGAUUAAUUCAUGGUCUAGUGGGCUAAAACUCUAACUGAUUAAGAUUUCUUCAAUCAGGCGACAUAUAAAUAUCCUGAACACUACAUGGGAAUGUUAGAUCCUGUAACUGAUGCAUAAAUAUUUAGUCCCCACCGUCAGAAAUAAUCAGGAGCGAGCUAGCAUAUGGCACCCUAGUUCAAAGAGAGUCAUUCCAGGUCAGCAAGUAUCCCCAAAUUCCAAAUGCCUUAGAGGAAAAAAGGAAAAGGAAUAUAUAUAUAUUGGCUGGCUUUCAUCUUGAGGUCACAGAUGGGAGACAAAUUACUUAUGAACAAUGUAAAAUGACCAUAAACCCCAUUUGAAAAUGCAGCAAAUUUGUUCAGCUUUCAUUGAUGGAUAAGAACACAUUCGUUUCUGCCUCCUUAGCAUUUAAAAGCUCCCUCGAUCCAAAAGAAGGGGGAUUUUUUUAAAAAAAUACAAAUGUAUAUCCAUCUACCUACUCUGUCUCCUUCAAACAAUUUUUCUCCCCACUCGCCUUCUCUCAUGUGGUGCUUUCACGGACCAGAAGGGCUUGUGAGCCUUGAUUGCGCGAAGGUUUACACAGAUUCUUCUUAACCUGAUGAGGAAUCCCACCUCUUCAGAUCUGCAGAGGCAUUUUCAGGAUUCAGCCGUGUUCAGAAAAAAGCCUUAGCCACCUAUGUGAGUGUUUAAGGGCAUCAUAAUCCACCAGAGGGUUCUCCUGCACGCCCACCAUGGAAAUGAGCUCUUCCAUUUAUUUCAAUAGAGUGUGUGCAGGAGAACUUUCCAAUGGAUCAUGCCCUUAAAUCCUUUUCGAACCACACUUUGAGUGGGCAAAUAUAGUGCAAAGGUAGUCAUUCCAUACAUGGAACAUUUUCUCCUGGUGGGGAAAAAGAAGGAAGAUCUGCUUACAAAUGAAAAUGCUUUUUAUUUCCUCCAUCAAGGAGUCUUUCCCAUAAUCUCCCAAUCUGAGCUGGAAACUAGAAGAGGUGCUUCGCCUUCCAAAAUGACUUGACUUUUUUAAAGUCGAUGAUAGCAUUAAAAUGUCAUAUUAGAAUGAGUACUACAAGUAUCUGACUUCCUAAUAACCCUGUGAGUUGCUAAUUGGAACCCAGAGUCCUCUAAUUCAAACUCUUGUCAGGCAGCCAGUCACUUAAUAUCACUCUAUUUAUCUUAAUUUUUAGCUUGCUCUGUCUCCUGUUUGCAAGGAUUCCCCCUCCCUUUUUUGGCAUUGGGCCCACUUACAUUAUGCUUUUAAAUUGUUUUGAAAGCCCUGUGACUCUCAUGGCUUCCCUGCCAAGAACGAGGAAACGGCAAAAUUUUCCAUGAAAAUUCUCUGGUCCAUUUGUGGGGUUACCAUUCUCAGGAUUCUUUGGUUGGGAGCUAUGGCCAUUUAAACUGGUUUGAAACUGGCUUGCAUCUGUAAUGUAUACACAGUCUUAAAUCUGUAGCCAGAAGUGACUGGUAGAAUUCACCCUGUCUAGGAAGAAAAAGGGAAAAUGUACUUUUUACAACUUCUGCAAUUAAAGAUAAGAGUAAGAAAGUAAUUUUUGCCCCUCCUGUAUUUUUGAACAGGGUUGAAAUUUCCUGCAGGUGCCUUUUGCAGCAAGUAGAUAGCAGCCUUGCCCACUGCUCAAAUCCAUUCAAAAACUGAGACAAAGUAAUCUCCGGAUUUUGAGAGACAAAACCACAUGCUACCAUCCAGAGGCCUAUGCAUGCACCAGGAAGUGUGCACACAGAAGUAGAAAUGGAAUGGAAACCCUUGCGGGGCAGUCCAGCUCCAGGAGCACCCACCAUUAACCACUGGAUCUGGGCAAUGGUUAGGCUGGUGUUUUGUGGAUCAAUACAGAUGUCAAUCAAAGAUAUGCUGUUGUGUGAAUCUUGGCAGAAUUCAGGGCUCAAAUUUGUAAAAGGAAAUGUUUUCCCCAUCUCUCCUCCUCCCUCCUCCUCCUCCUCCUCUCUUCUUCAAGGAUAUUUUUUCUCCACUCUUUAGUUCCUUCCCCGCCUCCGUGUGUAAAUACCAGCUGCUGUGCGUGACGGGUGAUUUCCCCUCCUUCUCCUUCUUCCCCCCUGUUUUUUCGUGGAAAAAGUUGCAUUUUGUUUUGUUCUGAAUGCGCUUUACUGGCUGACUUCGGAGGGUUUGAGUGUUUUUCUGGGGAAGUUUCGUUUUAGAUUUCUUUUAUAAAUUCAUUUGUGUGGCUCUUUAUUACUAUUUUUAUUUUUAUUUUUAUUUAAAGAAAACAGUCCUUUUCAUUUUUUAAAAAAAUGAUUAUUUGUUUUUUUUUUUCAAUGUCUGUCCGAAUGUGCUUAGUUAAAGCCAGUGACUAAAUGCUAAACCUUUCCAAAUGCUCGAUGGCUUGCACGCUCUUGCCAACGGAAGUUGGUCUAAUAAAAAGGUAUCACCUUUUGCCUGC